ACACAACGUGAUUCAUCCUUCGUCAAUACGGGAUUAUAAAUAAGCCCUUUUGGUAGCUCUCCAACUUAAAUAAAUGCAAUAUUUCAUCGUAGCAAUUAAAUAUAUCUAAGAUCCAUCGAGUAAGCGAAAUUGAGAACACCAUGACGUUGAAGCCUUCCAAUGUUCACCAAUCAGUUAUCUUCAAUAGUGCAUCUUUCCCUUUACUAUAUAUAAAUGGGAAAGAUAACACAAGUCAUAGCAAUAGUUUGUUCUUGAACCUGAAGAGUAAACACUCUUUUUCUAUUACUAGGGGAGGUAAAAGGGUUCACAUAGGGUGUGUGUCCCGGUGCAUGAAAGCUGUGAUGGCUAGCAAUGGUGACACCAACAACACCAACAUCAUUGUCACCAAGUCUCAAACUGUGAAGGCCUUUGUGACUGUGAAGCAAAGUGGGGGUGGCCUCUUAGGGGACCUUGUUAAUGAAGGUCUUGGUGGCAUCAAAGAAUUUGUUGGCAAAACACUUGCUUUGGAGCUUGUCAGCGAAGAACUUCAUCCAAAAACGAACUCGGAGAGAAAGACAAUAAAAAGUAAUGUGCACAAGAUUGAGACAAAAGAGGAUGAGGUGCAAUAUGAAGCCACAUUUGAUUUACCAGUCGACUUCGGGAAAGUGGGUGCUAUUUUGGUGCAGAAUGAGGACCACAAAGAGGUGUUUCUAAAGAACAUUGUUCUUGAUGGCUUCCCUCAUGGCCCUCUGCAAUUUAACUGUGAUUCAUGGAUUCAGCCCAAGCAUGAUAGUCCUGUGAAGAGAGUCUUCUUCACUAACAAGUUGUACUUGCCAUCACAAACACCAAGUGGAUUGAGAAAGUUGAGAGAAGAGGAUUUGAUGCUACUAAGAGGGAAUGGAGAAGGAGAGCGCAAAAGCUCUGAUAGAAUAUACGAUUAUGAUGUGUACAAUGAUCUUGGGGAUCCUGACUCCAGCAUUGACCACAAAAGACCUGUUCUUGGUGCCUCCAAACAAUAUCCAUAUCCAAGACGGUGUCGUACUGGUCGAAAGCACUCUGAUGCAGACCCAAUGUCUGAGAAGAAAGGUUUAAAUUUCUAUGUUCCUCGCGAUGAAGCAUUUGAUGAGACAAAGCAAACACAAUUCACAACCACCACAGUAUCCUCAGGACUAAAUGGAAUUUUGGAUUCCUUAGAUGCGAUUCUCACUGACCAAAAACUUGGGUUUGUAAGCUUUGAAGACAUAGAUGAGCUCUAUAAAGAAGGAUUUCAUUUACCAACUCUUAAUGACAAUGGGUUGACAUUGCUCCAAAGAGUCAUUCCCAAUUUCCUCAAAGUUGCUAAUGAUAGCCAGAACCUUCUGCGUUUCGAUGUUCCAGAAGCAGCUAAAAGAGACAAAUUCUUUUGGUUAUCAGAUGAGGAAUUUGCUAGGGAGACUUUGGCAGGUGUCAACCCAUAUAGCAUCCAAAUGGUCAAGGAAUGGCCUUUGAGAAGUAAGUUAGAACCCCAAAUCUAUGGUCCACCAGAAUCAGCUAUCACUAAAGAAGUCAUUGAAUCACAGAUAAAUGGUUAUAGCACAGUUGAAGAGGCCAUUAAAGAGAAGAAGUUGUUUAUGUUAGACUACCAUGAUCUGUUCUUACCAUAUGUUAGCAAAGUGCGAGAGAUUAAGGGAACCACACUAUAUGGAUCGCGAACACUAUUCUUUCUCACUAGCCAAGGUACAUUGAAGCCAUUAGCUAUUGAGCUCACUAGACCAGCUGUGGAGGGAAAGCCACAAUGGAAGCAAGUUUUCACACCUCCUUCUCAUUCAACCAAUAACUGGCUUUGGAGGCUUGCCAAAGCUCACGUUCUUGCCCAUGAUUCAGGUUAUCAUGAACUUAUCAGCCAUUGGUUAAGAACUCAUUGUGCUGUAGAACCCUUCAUUAUUGCAACACAUAGGCAACUUAGCACCAUGCAUCCAAUUUAUAGAUUAUUGCAUCCGCAUCUGAGAUACACUAUGAGGAUCAACUCCCUAGCCCGUCAAGUGCUUAUAAGUGCAAAUGGGGUUAUUGAAACAUCAUUCUCUACUAACAAAUAUUCAAUGGAAAUAAGCUCUGUGGCAUAUGAUCAACUUUGGCAGUUUGAUUUACAGGCACUUCCCAAUGAUCUUGUUCAUAGAGGAAUGGCUGUGGUAGAUCCUAAUGCACCACAUGGUUUAAAACUAACAAUUGAAGAUUACCCUUUUGCCAAUGAUGGUCUCCUUAUAUGGGAUGCCAUCAAACAAUGGGUGACAGAUUAUGUUAACCAUUACUACCCAAGUCCAAACAUCAUAGAAUCUGACCAAGAGCUCCAAGAAUGGUGGAAAGAAAUACGAACAGUGGGUCAUGGAGACAAAUCUGAAGAACCAUGGUGGCCAAAUCUUAAAACACCUGAAGACCUUAUUCAAAUCAUUACAACUAUAGCUUGGGUAGCUUCUGCACAUCAUGCAUCUGUGAACUUUGCCCAGUAUGCAUAUGGAGGUUAUUUCCCUAAUAGACCAACAAUCGCAAGAAAUAUAAUGCCUACAGAAGACCUUUCUAAGGAAGAAUGGGAAAAAUUCCUAAACAACCCUGAUAAAGCCUUUUUGGAGUGUUUACCAUCACAAAUACAAGCAUCCUUAGUGAUGGUAAUUUUGAACUUAUUAUCAGAUCAUUCGCCAGACGAAGAAUAUAUUGGGCAAUAUGUGGAGUCAUCAUGGGUUGAGAACCCAACUAUAAAGGAAGCCUUUGAAAGGUUCAAUAGGAAAUUGAAAGAGAUUGAAGGUAUUAUAGACUCAAGGAAUGCAAACAGUACAUUGAAAAAUAGGCAUGGAGCUGGGGUAGUGCCUUAUGAACUAAUGAAGCCAUUUUCAGGGCCUGGAGUCACUGGAAAGGGAGUUCCAUAUAGCAUAUCCAUUUGAAGAUUGAUUAUUACGUACAAUAUUUAUUAAUAAUUUGUUAAUUGUGAAAUAUGUAUUGCAUUGUCUUUAAUGAAACAUUAAUAUAGAAAUUUUCUUAUCCCAUACUUUCCGU